AUUAGGGGUCAUAUCAGCCAAAAUUGCACCUUCAUCAUAAAGAACUACUUGACAGGGGGUCUUCUGUAUUAUGGGCAUUUAUCAAUGAGAGGGGCAGAUCAAAUUUGUAAUGAAGAGUUGUGGCAAGGUACAUCAAAAGCUGGGGAGGGACAUUUAGCACAGGUUUUGUGGGCAAAGGCAAAGGAUGAGGGUUUUCAAGUAGAAUUAGAUUGGCAGGAUGCCGAUUCUUCAUCAGCAGAGGGAUUUAGGUACUCAUUUGAAAAUGAGCAAGAUUCGAGAAUUAUGCCGUGUGGGGGACAUUUGGGGAGGGCUCAUGGUAAAAAGCUUACUGAACUUCAAACAAAAAGCUGUUUCAGUAAGGCAUUUCUUGACAGCCUCAAGAAGGAUUUCCCUCAGAUGGAAAAGUUAAAAUGCUGUUGUUCUGGAAAAAAGCAUACGUAUGUCGCAAAAAGAAACAAGCCUGUAUGUGGUUGCAUCAGUCCAGCAUUUAUACAGAAUGCAAAGCGCAAGCAUUACUGUGCACUAGUCCAGGCUAGACGGGACCCUGGUAAAUACAGGGAGACAAUGCUAUGCUUGGGAAAAUACCAUUCCCGAGACAUACAUGAAUGGGAGGGUGGUUAUUGUAAAUUUCAUCCCUUAAAAAAAUGUAGUUGUAAGGAAUGUCAAGUCGAUGAAGAGGGAUUUUGCCUUGAAUUAAAAUGCCCUGGGGAACCAUACCAUUCGUCCCAUGUUUUAAAGUGUGAGUUUCAUGCUCUUUGUUAUGAAAUAGAAUGUUCUGGAAGGGCUGCUGAUGCAGAAAAAGUUAUUGAUCCUGGGUUGGGAAAGGGCCAUUCAAACCUCCCAGAAGCAACAUUUAGUGUCCUUACUAAGUUCAGGGCUAAGGAUGUCAAUCUGCAUCAAAAGCACUAUGCAGCAUCAACAAAUUUGGGCCUAAUACAGGCAAAUAUGACAUGGUGCUGUAAGGAGAAGGGCCCAGAAUACCACUGGAUUGAAGAUCUAUAUUCCAGACUGGGCCUGCCACUCCUUGAUGGUAUCCAAGAAAUGGUAUGCUUUUUUUUCUUUUCACAUUUAGAGUAAAAAAUCUCUGUUGGUUUCAUCCCAUUGAUGAGUACCGGUAUAUUUCCUCAUUCAGGGAUAGACUGAAACUUGAUUUAUCCCAAAUUGUUGAUGCUUGUUGAUUUUUCUCUUGGUUUUUAUUAUUUUCCUUUUUUUGUCAACUGGUCAGGAAAGCAGGCUCUUACUUCGUGUAGAAGACACAGAUGACGUAAAACAAUAUAACAAAAAUCAUGAAACAAUACCUACUUACACUUUGAAAGCCCUGAAGACUCCUAAAGCCUUUGUUAUGACAGAUGUGUCUUCUACACCAAGUAGGAGCCGGAAAGCAACUGGUUUCGUCCAUUUUAUCGAGUGAACCCUUAUGAUCCUACACGUUAAUAUACCUUCUCUCUAAUACAUUCAUGAAACACUACUACCUGCUAGCCAAAAAGAUGACCUUCAAUUUAAUGUUACUUAUUUGGAAUAUGUUUUCAGUGUAAGAGUGACAAUGAAGAUCGCAUGAAACGUUUAGAGAGAAAAAGGACUGAAGAGGGAAAGAAGAAACGGGUUCAAUCAAAAAUUAACAGAACUGAAGAGCAAACACUAAGGUAAAGACAUUUGCAAAAAAAAAAUAUUAAAAUUAGGCAUGGCUUCAUGUAUCAGAAAAUUUAAAUUAUUAUUGAUUGAACCCUAAAGGUUUGUAUAGUACAUGCUUCGUUAUUCCAAUCUUUAUCUUGCCAAAUAAACCUUGAAAUAAUUUUAUUUACCCCUUUGCACAAAAUACUGAUAUAAACCCUGACACUUCAGUGUAAGAUUGGUUUAACUGCUGAGUAGGUGACCUUUUUGGUGAAAGGAUCAAACUGUCUUAUCUGAGUAGAGAUUUGUAAACAGCUUGUACCCAAUAGCUUUUGACCAACUAUUUGUGGAUGUUAUUUGUUAGAAAAAAAUAUAUCAAGAACUGCCAAAUAAGAUACACAUAUGGGGAGGAUGAAGACAAGGAAGAGGGGUACAAUGAAGAUGAUGCCUUGAUGAUAACAGAAAGAGCGAUCGCUAAUGGAAGCGCAAGACGUUCUCCUGUGUUAGCACCAGUUCCUGCACCUGAAGGAGCUAAUGUGGAAGUUGGAGGAAAGUCG